GGAUAGGGCGCUGCUGGGGUCAGGGGGCGGAGAGUCGCUGCUGCUGGGUUUGUUUUUCGCGCGAAAGAGUAACGUGGUCGGAGUGUCUGGCUGAUAACCGGUUCCCGGGAUUCCUAAAGCUGAGAUUUACAUUUUUCACCUCCUCUUAGUGAUGCAGCGAACAAUAAAGUCAUUUUUUCAGCCUAAAGCAGGAGGAACUAAAAAGAAAGAAGAAAGGAAGUCUGAAGAGCGUGAGCCUCCAAAAGCCAAAUGUUCCGAUGAUCAAAUUAAUGAACGUCCCUUAAAAGAGAGAAAUAGGACAUCCCAGCAUAAAGAUGGCGAAUCCCCCGUAAAACGCGCACCGAAGAAGUCUACGCAGGUUCUGGAGAGCGACAGUGAAGAUGAAGAACCAAUGGAUGUUGAAACAUCAAAAAAUGGAAAAGAGGAUACUGUUGCAACUGAUUCUAAAUCAGAGGCAAACCCUCCGCAGGUGGUCACUCCCAAAGAAGUUUCUUCUCCUGGUAGCAGUAAGGCCGCAGACAGCCCCUUAACUACUGGUUCACCAGAUAUGCCUCUCGCCAGCAUUCCUAAGCGCAAGACAGCUCGGAAACAAUUACCCAAACGAAAACUGGAAAAUGCUGCAACAGAAGUAUUGAAUGAAGAGUCCAAUGGCAAAGAAGCUCCUGCCAAGCGUGAGAAAAAAGAGGAAGCUUUAAAAACAUCUCCUGUAAAGUUGGAAGAAAAAGAUGAAAUUGAAGAAUGCACCGACAUUACUGCAGAGAAUAUACCAGAGAAAACUUCAAGUACAUCUCCUGUGAAGUUGGAAGAAAAAGAAGAGACUGAAAAAAGCCCCGACACGACAUCCAAAACUAAACAAGAGAAAACUUCAAGUACAUCUCCUGUGAAGUUGGAAGAAAAAGAAGAGACUAAAAAAAGCCCCGACACGACAUCCAAAACUAAACAAGAGAAAACUUCAAUUACAUCUCCUGUGAAGUUGGAAGAAAAAGAAGAGACUAAAAAAAGCCCCGACACGACAUCCAAAACUAAACAAGAGAAAACUGUGAGCCCGUCCUCUAUUAAGUCAGAACAAAGUCAAGAAAUAUCUGAGAAAUGUGUCCUGGAGAAGUCUUCAGCAGAUGUUCCAGCAAAGCCAACCAGAAAUCUUGGCAGUUUCUUUGGAGCCGGUAAGCAAGACGUUCAAGAUAAACAGACAGACUAUAAACCAUCCAAAAGUGGUUAUCAUCCCAUAUAUGAUGCCUGUUGGAGUAAAGGCCAGUUGGUACCGUACUUGGCAGUUGCUCGCACAUUUGAGACAAUAGAAAAUGAAUCCGCACGCCUAAAGAACAUUGAAACACUGAGUAAUUUUCUGCGCUCUGUCAUCUGCUUGUCUCCGGUGGAUCUUCUGCCUUGUAUCUAUCUCUGCUUGAACCGCCUAGGUCCUGCUUAUGAAGGUCUUGAGCUUGGCAUUGGAGAAACGUUAUUAAUGAAAGCAGUUGCACAAGCAACAGGUCGUCAGUUAGACAAAAUUAAGGCUGAGGCACAAGAAAAGGGGGAUCUUGGCCUUGUUGCGGAGAGCAGUCGUAGUAAUCAGCGCAUCAUGUUUACACCUCCGAAACUGACUGCUUCAGGAGUCUUCAACAAGCUGAAAGAGAUCGCUAAAAUGACUGGCAAUGCUUCUAUGAAUAAGAAGAUUGAUAUCAUUAAAGGAUUGUUUGUGGCAUGCAGGUUUUCUGAAGCACGCUAUAUUGCUAGAUCUCUGGGAGGAAAACUUCGAAUAGGGUUGGCAGAGCAGUCCGUUCUCUCCUCUAUUGCGCAGGCGGUGUGCCUUACCCCACCUGACCAAGAUUUUCCACCUGCAGUGUUAGAUGGAUCAAAGGGAAUGAGCGCAGAUGCUAAGAAAGCCUGGAUUGAAGAGAACGCCUUGAUCCUGAAGCAAACAUUCUGUGAGUUACCGAACUAUGAUGCAAUUAUUCCAGUUGUUUUGAAACACGGUAUUCAAGAUCUUCCGCAGCACUGUAAACUCACCCCAGGUGUUCCCCUAAAGCCAAUGUUGGCACAUCCUACGAAGGGUGUUGGCGAGGUUCUGAAGAGGUUUGAGGAAGCUGCGUUUACCUGUGAAUAUAAAUAUGAUGGAGAGCGUGCACAGAUACAUAUUCUAGAGAAUGGAGAGGUACAUGUAUAUAGUAGAAACCAAGAAAACAACACUUCAAAGUAUCCUGACAUAAUCACUAGGAUCCCACAGGUAAAGAAAGAUACAGUGAAAUCUUGCAUCCUUGAUUCAGAGGCUGUUGCGUGGGAUGCACAUAAAAAGCAGAUUCAGCCUUUCCAAGUACUCACUACAAGAAAACGAAAGGAUGUGGAAGCCGCUGAUAUAAAAGUCCAGGUGUGCGUGUAUGCCUUUGACAUGCUUUAUCUGAAUGGAGAAUCUCUAGUUAGAGAAUCCUUUGCUAAACGCCGGCAGCUACUGAGAGAAUCGUUUGUGGAGGUGGAAGGUGAAUUCAUGUUUGCCAGCUAUAUGGAUACAUCCAGCACCGAUGAAAUUUCAGAGUUCCUUGAUCAGUCUAUUAAAGAUUCUUGUGAAGGCUUGAUGGUGAAGACACUUGACCAAAAUGCCUCAUAUGAAAUUGCAAAGCGUUCUCACAAUUGGCUAAAAUUGAAAAAGGACUACCUGGAAGGUUUAGGAGACACUCUGGAUCUUGUAGUAAUUGGUGGCUAUUUGGGGAAAGGAAAACGAACUGGUAUAUAUGGAGGAUUUUUACUUGCAUCAUAUGACGAAGAGAGUGAGGAAUACCAGACCAUCUGCAAGAUUGGAACAGGCUUUACAGAUGAGGACUUGGAAACCCAUUAUAAUUUUCUAAAGGAUCAUGUAAUUCAGAGUCCAAGGAGCUACUACCGCUGGGACAGUGCUACACAGCCAGAUCAUUGGUUUGAACCUGCUCAAGUUUGGGAAGUGAAGUGUGCAGAUCUUUCUAUUUCACCUGUUCAUAAGGCAGCGCUUGGACUGGUGGAAAGCGAAAAGGGAAUUUCACUGCGCUUCCCUCGUUUCCUUCGUAUACGGGAUGAUAAAAAGCCAGAAGAUGCAACAAACAGUGUACAGGUUGCAGAACUGUACAAAAAACAGCAGCAAAUACAGAAUUCCUCUUCUGCAGAUAAAGGGGACGAUGACUUCUACUAGAAUUGUUACAUAAUAAGCAAAUUAUUUCUAUGGAUUUUUAAGACCGACAACCGCGUUUGAUCAUUAAAUGCUAAUACAACUAUUGUAAUGCCAGUGUGGUCUUCUCAGCCAGCUAAUACACAGAGAUGUCUUGUGAUUAAGUAGCUAAUGAUCAGUACGUGGUUUUAAGAAGCAUUUCUGAUGAAGACGUUCCUUGUUCCUGCACACAAUUAUGAAAUGUGAUUAAAAAAAACCUUUUGUCGAAUGUGUGCAUUUACAUAUAUUAGUACAUAGCUGUACAUGUGCAUUUCUACAGACUAUUUUUUUGUUUUUGAACACCUGUGUUUGCAGUCACUAUGCCUCUUAAUAAAGAGCUACAGUAUCUGGUGCUGUGGACAAAUUGUAUCCUUUUAUAUGAAAUGUUUCUAAAAGCUUUUGAAAAUAAACUACAUUAACGGUAAA